ACCAUGCAAUCUUCAGUUCUCGACGUGUGUAAUUUGUCUUUCUUUGUGUGUUUUCUCCAUUUUGUCUCUCUCUAAAGAAGUUUUGUGCCUCUAGUUUUCUCCGUCUCUACCACCCAUUGUUCUCUCCUACUUGCUCUACUAAAUCUACCAUAAACAGGUCAGAAUUAAAGAUACCACCAGUAUGAGUCAAACAAUGGAGGAAAAUGAGUGUUUAGAGAGUGAAGGCAGGAUAAGUUGGAUAUGGAGUAAGGCAGUAAGUGUUGGGAAGAAGGUUCUGACAGCUGGUGUUGUAAUGUCUUCAGCUCCACUCCUGUUUCCUCCACUUGUUGUCGCCUGUACCAUCGCCUUCAUAUCCUCAGUUCCUUUUUGUCUCUUCUUGGCAAACUACGCUUGUACUCAAAAGGUCAUGAGGACUCUUCUUCCUCCUAAUGAAGAAACAAGUAGUGGAAUAGAGAAAGAUGAAUAUUCGUUUGAGGACGUCAAGCUUGGUCACGGUGUAGGCAUGGCCGAAUUUGACGGGGCGGAACCGGUUCUCAUACAGAGUGAGGAAGAUGAGGAGAUGGCGAAAGAAUCAACGAGGAUGAUAGAGAAAAUCAGGGACGAGGGUAUAUCUGAGAAAGAAGUACAAGAUGGUGAAAAGUCAGGAAAUGCCAAGCCAGAGAAGGUUCAAGAUCAGACUGCAAAGCAAGAAGCACCUAAGACUGGACAUGAAGGGGAGCUUGAGAGUACUACAACUGAAGCUUCUACUGGAAAGGAAGAGGAAACAUCUUCGAACGAGGUGUACAGUGAGGAGAAAAUAUGGGAGAAGAUGGAAGUGUUGAGGAAGGUAGUAGGAUACAGUGUUGCAAGGAGUGCUACGUAUGCAGAGGAGUUAAAGGCUCUUUAUGUUUUCACAGGCGUGGUUGAGCCUCCUCAGUCAAGUUUGAUGAACCAGGAUAGUCAUGAUAUUGCAAAUGUUUGUGUUAGACUUCGCUUCCUUAUGUCUGUUAUUGGAAUAAACUAGUUUGAUGGUGUGCUUGUGUGCUAGGGUCAGACUCUUUCAAGUCUCAAACAUGUAAUGUGUAGUAAAUCUCAACUUUCUGUAUUUUUUUUGUGACUUUUCAACCUAGUUUUAUUAAUUUGGAUUUGCAAA